AUGAAGAAAGAUAGGAGCUUGCAGAGUUGUUUAAUGUUAUUUGCACCAUUUAGAAAUGAUAUUCCAUAGAUGCCUAUAAAGAUCUUAUUAAAUAUUUAAUGGAUCCCUUAUUAAUUUUUGGAAAAAAGGAUAAUUGAAGGUUUAUUUAUAUUAAUUUAUAUAAGAGUAUGUCUAUAAUAAAUGAAUCUUAUGCCAUAAAUGAUGAGAUUCUCCAUGGUUAAUGAUUUAGGUUAAGAUGAUAUAGAAAUUUAUAUUAUAAUUAUAUAUAAAUAAGAUAUUAAACUAUAAAAGUAAAUAUUAUUAAUAUUAUUUUUUAGAUGAAAAAUUAGUUGCUAUGUUAUUACCAGAUGAUAUUUUAGGAGUACAAGUUUAUUUAAAAUAAUACCAUAAUUGUUAGUUGAAUUAAUUGGAAAUUCAAAAAUAGAAGGAUAUUAAGAAUUUAUGUUAACAAUGAAAAGACUAUUUUCUUUAGGAGAUUCAAUUACUUCAGUAUAUUCUUAAUAAACUAUGGAUGAUUAAAUAUUUAAAUUAUUUAAUUUAAUGGUUGGAAAUUUUAUUCAGAAUAUAGAAGAGAUGAAUUUAUGA